AUGGCUUCUGCUCUCAACAGCAAAAUCCACCCGCCUGGGACUUGCCCUCGCUCCAAAGCCGACACCCGUGGUGGCGGCAGCUGGAGAAUGGACUGUGAUCCUGAGAUGCACGUGAAAAUGUGCAAGAAGAUCGCUCAGCUCACCAAGGUUAUCUACGCCCUGAACACGCGCCAGGACGAGGCGGAGGCCAGCAUGGAGGCCCUGCGGGACGCGCACCAGGAGGAGCUGCGGGCGGUGGCGCAGGCCCAGGCCCAGGCCGGGCUCCUGCAGGAACGGGGCGACUCCGAGGAGGAGGAGGCCCUUCUCCAGCGUAUCCAGGCCCUGGAGAGCGCCCUGGAGCUGCAGAAGAGGCUGACCCAGGAGGCGCUGGCUGAGUCGGCGUCGUGCCGACUGGAGACCAAGGAGCGAGAGCUGCGGGUGGAAGCAGAGCACGCAGAGCGCGUGCUGACGCUCUCCAGGGAGAUGCUGGAGCUCAAGGCCGACUAUGAGAGGAGGCUCCAGCUCCUGGCGGGCCUCGAGGCCCCCCAGCGGGGCCAGCCUCCCCAGGAGAGCCCCGAUGCCAAGGCGGAGCCGGGCCAGGGCCCCGAGCUGCAGGACGUCCUGCUGGAGGUGCAGCGGCUGCGCGCCGAGAACCAGCAGCUGAGCAGGGACUACGCCCGCAAGGCCCAGGAGCUGCAGGCCUCCUACGAGCGGGAGAACGAGGCCAUCCGGCAGGCCAUGCAGCAGUCGGUAAGCCAGGCCCUGUGGCAGUGGCAGGAGAAGGAAUCCGACCUCCGCAAGAACUUCCAGGUCCAGGAGUCCGCCCUGCAGGCCCAGGUCCGCAAACUGGAAGGGGACCUGGAGCACAGAGGCCGCAAGAUCAGUGACCUGAAGAAGUAUGCGCAGAAGCUGAAGGACAGGAUUCAGGACCUGGAUGUGCAGCUGAGGGAAGCUCGACAGGAGAAUUCAGACUUGAAAAGCACUGCAAAAAAACUGGGGGAGAAGCUGGCAGUUGCCAAAGACAGACUGAUGCUGCAGGAACGUCAUGGGACACAGAAAACUGAUAAUACGAAGACUGAGCUGCUUUCAGAAAAUGAAGCCCCGGGGGAAGCAAAUGACUUGGACUCCCUCAGUCUUCAUCCCGAUCAGGAUCAAAGCUUUCCCAAGGAGUGUCCAUGCACGAAAGGAGGCACAGACACACAGACCAAGAAAGGGGCAAGUGUUGAGACAGAGUAUAUGAAGCAGCAGUAUGAAGAAGACCUGCGUAAAAUCAAACAUCAGACAGAGGAGGAGAAGGAGCAUCUCAGAGACCAGCUGGUGAAGCGGCUGGAAGACUUGGUGAAGAAGCAUUCCGUGGAGGUCGUAUCGGUCCGCUCGUCCGUGGAGGCUGAACGCAAGAAGUUACAGAAGGAUGUGCAAGCACAGUUGGAGGAUGUGAGGAAGAAAUCAGAAAAGGAAAUAAAGCAGCUGGAAGAAGAGAAAGUGGCCCUAAAUGUGAAGCUCCAGAACUCUCUGCUCGAGGUUUUAAGGCUGGAAGAAUUUAUCCAACAAAAUAUUGUUCGCCCUGGAAGAGCUGUGGAGAAACCCCAAGAUCCAGACUGCCCACACCCCUGCAUUCCAGAGACCCAGGAUCCAUGCUUAAAGCUGAAUGAAACUUCUCAGACACCACCCAGGGGAGAAGACUGUCAAGAUAAGUUAGCAGUGGAGGAAGGAGCCGGCAGUGAGGAGGAAGGAAGGAUCAAAGUGCCCCACAAGGAGGGAAGUGACCCGCAGCCCGCACUGGAGACUUUGCAGAAGGAGAAGGCCCCUGAAAUCCAGCGUCUUCAGCAGGUCUGGCAGAGCCAAAAGGCCACGUUGCAAGCCCAGGUGUCACAGAUGCAGCGGGCUCUGGAGCACUGCACCAGCAGCUACAGGGAGGACCUGCAGGUACUCAAGCAGCUCGCAGACCACGAGAGGGACAAGCUGCAGCGGGAGCUCCAGGACAGCCAGGCAGCGAGAGCCCAGCUCGAGGCUUCACAGCAGAGAGCACUGCGUGUGCUGGAGAAGGCCAAGGCACAGGAGCUCAAGGCCACUGAGGAGCGCUUGAAGAAGGAAUUCAGUCACAGUCUCCAGAUCCAACACCAAGCACACCAGCUGGAGCUCCAGUCCUUGGAGGAAAAGGCUAGGCAAGAGCUACAGGAGGAACAUGCGAGGAUGCAGGCUGAGCAGACUGCGCUGCUAGAGUCCCUCAGGCAGGAGCUGUUGGAGCAGCAGGCUACCUGCUCCAAGCACCAGAAGGACUUGGAGGUGCUGCAGGCUGAGCUGAGGACCCUGGGCAGCUCAGGCAGUCAACAGGCCAUCAGCCAGUGUCCAGGGGACAGUGAGGACCAUGCCACCACCACUGAGGAGCGGGACGGCCCGGGCCAGGGAGUCUCCCCAGCCGACACUGCCGCUGAGCAGGGGCCCGGCGAGGCCUGCGGGCUGCAGGAGGAAAACGCGCAGCUCAGGGACGUGGUGCGGCAGCUGCGCGCCGAGGCGGAGCAACACCAGCAGGAGGCGCUGCAGCUCCGCGACCAGCGCAGGUUGCUGGAGGAGAGCCAACAAGCCCAGCGGGCCAGGGAGGUGGAGGCACUUCGCCAGGAACACCGGAAGGAGAUGCAGGCCAUGGUGGCAGAUUUCAGCAGUGCCCAGACCCAGCUCCAGGCCCGGCUGGCUGCCCUGGAAGCUGAACUCAAAGAUUCCGGAGAGAAACCCGGGAAGGGAGCAUCCCGGCCCGAGGACCUUCAGCUCAUAGGCCGUCUGCAGAGCCUCCUGAAGGAGAGAGAGGACAUCAUCAAGCAGCUCACGGAAGAGAGACGAUUGCACCGUGCAGCCUUCCCUGGCUCCAUGUCCCAUCGGAACCGGUCUUUUUCCUUCAAUCCUCAUCCGGGUUACUUGACCCCUUCCAUGAAGAAAAAGAAGAUAGAGGAAGUGCCCAGCCGAGUGGUCAGCGUGCCAAACCUCGCCUCCUAUGCAAAGAACUUCCUGAGUGGUGAUCUGAGCUCCAGGAUCAAUGCUCCUCCAAUAACCAAGUCACCCAGCUUGGACCCCAGCCCCAGUGGUGGCCGGCCUUACAAACCCACACAGUCUCUGGAUGCAAAAACUGCCUCAAGGACAUCAGAUGGUGAAACAGCCCAACCCAAAGAAGCCCAGCAAAAACAGGGCUCUGCACACCAGGAAUGGUUUACUAAGUACUUUUCUUUCUAA